AUAUUUUUCCUAUCAUAAGGAAAUAUACAAAAGACGUCUUAAGAAAGAAAACAACAAAAAUUAAAAGAUGUCGACAUUUUGGCUUUGAAACACUGAUGAAGUCGCUGAAAAGUCAGUGUAUAUCUAGCUGGACAUAGAAAUAGUGCUGAAUGAGAGUGGCAGAGCUGAGAGGAUAGUUGUAGUGGUAGUGUAUAUGACAGUGGAAGGCGAUAGAGCAGUUAGGGAGAAUAGUAGAAAAUACAGUGUUUUGAAAAAGAUUGCAAGAGAUUAUGCUGGAGAGAGAGUGAUUGUUAUGGGAGACAUGAAUGCUCACGUAGGCAUGUUAGGUGAACAAAUGAGCAGGAAUGGUGAGAUGCUGGAUGAGCUUGUGAAUGAGAUGAACUUGGAGAAUCUGAAUGAGACCCUGGCUGAAGGACGAGUGACUUGGUGUGCGAGGAACCAGGAAGAGUCUGCGAUUGACUACAUGCUAGUGAAUGGGAGAAUGCGUGAAGUUGUUGACCGCAUGUGGAUAGAUGAAGAAGGGAUGAUUGACAUUCUUAGACCACAACAUGCUGGUGCUAGAAUGCGCUGGCGAUACAAAGGCCUGACUCGGAAGAAAUUCUGCGUCACCUGUACCAUCAAGAUGAAGAUGAGCAACGGAGGUGAUUACACGUGCGUCUGUCCUCUCCUGCCAGCUAGACCCAUUCCUUUAAGAAGUGCUGUAUAUACGUAGCUGUGGCUGUGUGGCUGUGGCUGUGGCUGUGGUCUCUGCGUCACACUCCACACCACACUUGCUCACCACCAGACAGAAAUGUGGCUCCAGAUUCUCAGGUGUCAGUAUUCAA